GUUGAAUGUUUCAUGCAGCCUUAUUCCACUCUACUUGUUCUCCCAUGGCAGUAUAGGCUUCCUCCCCUCCGUUUCAUUUCUUGGCGAUCAAAGGACGAUGUUCUAAAGCAUAUACUAACGGCGGAGGCCCAAUAUAGACUAUACACGAGCGUCCGGCGCCCUGUCGCCAAAAAGAAAAAAGCAAACCUCGAUGCAGAGAUCCCGAGGAACAGUACGCCAUACUAGUUGUGACUCUACCUAUACAAAAAAAUAAAAAAAUUUGAGUCAUUAACGAUUGGAUAUACAUGCUUGAAACCCGAUUUACGCCAAUCAAGUGGGAGUCUACAAAAUCAAAGUCAAUCCCCAGGUUGCGAAACUCGAUGACUUUCCAUCAACAUCUCGCUUUAUGCGUCAUACCAAAGUAUUCGUGGCAAUCGAAGGGACCCUUAAUCAAAAAGUUCGAAUGUGGGUUGUUCUGGGAUAAAUGUAAAGACCUGACCAAGGAAAGCAGAACAUCACCUUGGGCGCCAAAUCGCAUUCGUCAAAUCAGUGCCAUACAAAAGCUUCAAACUGUCAAACCUCGAAUGAGCAUAUCAUCGAUGAAUACAGCAAUGGUAAGCCUCGCCUCGAUUUCUUGUCUCGAGUGAGUACGUGUUCGUGGCGCUAAUCGGACCCGCAGGCUAUAAUCAACUCCGGAGCGGGUGGGACUAUUGUCCAAUCUUGUAGAACAGUGCAGACUUUGCACUAAAAUUUACUCAUCUGCCUAUGGGAUCCACCGAGGCAGAGAAAAUCCGACGACUGAUGACAUGAUUGAAUGAAUUGAGGGAAACCGACCAUGUCCAGCGAAGAAGUGCGGCAGUCAAGCAAUAUGGCCCAUCGGGUUCGCUAACAGUAUAUUGGAGCGUGCUGUUCACGGCCGACGAGAGAAGAGACAGAAGUCAAUCCAACUUGUCCAACAACAAUUUCCAGACUCAUCCCCAGGGUUGCUCUUCACUUAGACGCCAGGGAAAGACGCCCAUUAGGAGGUGUGCCGUAAUCUCCGGCCGUCAAUAUCUUCCGUCAAGCAGCAGGCUUUCCGAUCGCCGCUCGCAUUUCACGGGCGGUGGCGCUUUCCUCCGUCGUUGAGCUUCGUGUUUCCACAACAGAUUGAUCCAGAGCUCGUGGCGCAUGCGACCAGCUAAAGCACUAAGUAGAGGAGUAUAUCCUUUAGUAUCCACGAUCUUAACGUCAGCGCCCCUCUCGAGGAGUAGUUUGACCACCUCGACCUGUCCUUUAUACAAAGCUGCCUAUAAUGCGUUACCGUAUCUUCCGCCCUAGGCAUUAACGUCAGCGGCGUUGCUUAGUAGCAUUUGUAUAAUGUCUUCUAAUCCUUCAGAUAAAGCAGCUUGUAAUGCGUUACCAUGUUCCCCACCCUGAGCAUUAAAGGGCCUGUUCGGCUGGAGCUUGUUCGUACUACAUACGAGUAUAAUGUGACGAUUGUACUAUUGCGGUUGCAAAACCACAAGUAAUACAGGGUGUUGGGGUCUAUGCUAGCAAGUACGUAUAAUGGUGCCUGUGCCUUCGCAAUGUAGGC